GCCAACGCUAAGGGACCGCGGCCUGGGCUCCGGAGAGCCGGGCAGGGACCCGGGAGAAAUGCCAACCCCAGGCUCAGGCGCACGGAACUGGAAGGUUCCCAGCAUUUGGAGGAAACGAGCCAGAACCCCAGAGCGCCUUGAACUGUCCUGUGGGGUUGGCCGGUUAGGAAAGGGAGGCGGCAGAAGGUCGGGGGGGGGGUCCGAGUCCCCGCCCCACGUCCCGUGACGGCCCGACUCAGUUCUCCUACCUGUAAAGCGGGGCGAUGAAUCCCGGCCUCGUGGGUUGGGGACACUGCGAGGCGGAACGAGAAGGCCCCACGGCGACCCGGAGCAGUCCGUUUCCUGGGGCGGAGUCUUCGUCCUUCUCCGCGCUUGGAAACUUACACCGGACCCUUGGCCGCCCCACCCCGAGGGCGUACCCGGAAGUGCCCCUACGGAAGCCGCGGGGCCGCGCGCGCCGCUUCACCAUGGCUACGGCGGGCGCCCCGCGGCGCUUCUGCCGCUGCGCCUGCUUCUGCUCCGAGAACUUGUACGUGGCGCGCUACGGGCUGCACGUGCGCUUCCGGGGCGAGCAGCAGCUGCGCCGGGACUACGGCCCGAUCCUGCGCAGCCGAGGCUGCGUCGGCCCCGAGGACUUCCAGCAGCUGUUGGAAGAGCUUGAGCAGGAGGUGGAGCGGCGGCAGCGGCUGGGGCAGGAGUCGGCUGCCAGGAAAGCCCUCAUCGCCAGCUCUUACCACCCGGCUCGGCCCGAGAUCUACAGCUCGCUGCAGGAUGUGGCUCUGGCCCCAGGGUUUCUGGCCGCGGCUGAGUACAGCACGGUGCCGGGUGCAGACCUCCAGGGCCUCCUCCAGCGGCUGGAGACAGUGUCAGAGGAGAAGCGGAUCUACCGGCUGCCGGUGUUCACAGCACGGUUCUGCCAGGCCCUGCUGGAGGAGCUGGAGCACUUCGAGCGCUCGGACAUGCCCAAGGGGAGACCCAACACCAUGAACAACUAUGGGGUGCUGCUACAUGAGCUGGGCCUGGAUGAGCCGCUGGUGACACCGCUGCGGGAGCGCUUCCUACAGCCGCUGAUGGCCCUGCUGUACCCAGACUGCGGCGGGGGCUGGCUCGACAGCCAUCGAGCCUUCGUGGUCAAGUAUGCGCCUGGCCAGGACCGAGAGUUGGGCUGCCACUAUGACAAUGCCGAGCUGACCAUCAACGUGGCCCUGGGCAAGGCCUUCACGGGGGGCGCCCUGUACUUUGGGGGCCUCUUCCAGGCGCCUUCAGCCUUGGCCAAGCCCCUGGAGGUGGAGCACGUGGUGGGCCAGGGCAUCCUGCACCGGGGUGGCCAGCUGCACGGGGCCCGGCCCCUGGUCACUGGGGAGCGAUGGAACCUCGUCGUCUGGCUCCGGGCCUCCGCUGUGCGCAACCGCCUCUGCCCCAUGUGCUGCCGCAAGCCCGACCUGGUGGAUGACGAGGGCUUCGGUGACGGCUUCACCCGAGAGGAGCCCACUACGGUGGAUCUGUGUGCGCUGACUUGAGCCUAGUUGGGACCUGUGUCGGGGGUGGCAUGACAGCAGAGAGCUCUGCCCUCUCUGGUCGGGCAGGACAGAAAUAAACUCUUUGUAGCCCUCGGCACUUGGUUCAA